AUGGACAUGCUCCACGACCUGCGCGACUGGGGGGCACACUGGUUCAACGGCGCUGCGCUGCAGAGCAGCGACCAGCACGCGUGGCAGGAGCAGUGCGUGCUGCUCGUCAACGCGAUGCUGGCCCAGGGCAAUCAUCCCCUGCGCGAGAGCCCGAGGCGGUGGUUCGGCGGGCCGAUGGGCAAAAUCGCGGAUGACCUCUGCGGCGGCGCACGGCGUCAACGAGCGCUGAGGCGACGAGCCUUCCGGGUCGGCCCCAGCAGUUUCUACGAGUGCGGCGCAGUGGAGAGUCACAGGGACUACCAUCACAGCGCACGUGCUCGAGAGAUGCAGCAGGACCAGCACCGUGCCAUGCACUUCUUCGACGGACUUGCCGACCUCGCUGGGCAGUGGGUCCCCAACCUGGCCAUGCGCGACGAUGAACACGAGGGGCGGAUGGCCCACUGCAUGGAGGAGAUGUCCGAGUUCCUCGCGACGGAGCCGUUCCGCGCCCUCUUCGAGGACAUGACGCCAGACGCGGCCUGGCGCAUGAGGCAGAGGAGGGCCAGGGAGCUGCCGCCCAGCGCGGCUGGCGGCCGAGCAGCAGCCGCCUUGGUUCCCGCCACCCCCACGAUGCAGGUCGAGGAGCCGAUCACCGCCCAGAGCUGCAUGCCGCAGGGCGCCACCGAUGGGCUGGCGCAGCUGACCGUGCGUGGAAAGACGGCAGCUGCGGCGGCUACCGUCUGCUGGCCGGAAUCGCGACGUUGGCAGAGGAGAUCGCCGCCCUCAUUGACGGGAUCAAGGCCUUGGACAAGGGCGAGGGCGAAGGCAUCGGCCGCCUCCGCGUCGGCGGCCACCAGCGGGGGCGGCGCUGGCGCGCCCGCCUCGCCCGAGGCGCAGGCGGCGGGGGCCGUGCGGGCGGCGGCGCGGCGCUUCCUGGCGGCGGGGCGGCUCCACGGGCUGCGCGCCGAGCGGACGCGCCACGAGGCCGACGUGGCCGCGGCAGUCCGGGCCGCCGAGUCCGCCGUGCUGCGCCAGGAACGCUCGAGGGCGGAGGCAGCCCAGCGGAAGGACCAGGCGAAGAGGGAGAAGGCCCAGAAGGCGCGCGAGGACGCGCAGCGUCUGCUCGGCGCUGCUUACGACGGCGACGCCGCCCGGGUCGCGGAGUUUGGGCUGCCCCGGGUUGGGGGCUGGCGUCCCCGUGGACGCUUGCGACGUGAAGGGCACGACGGGCGUGUCUGA